GCUUCCGGGGCGGGUCUGCAAGACCCGGAAGUGGUGAGGAAACUCCGAGGAGGCUUGGGAAUCGGAGUGGUAGGCGGUCACUUUUUCGCAUUAGCUGUUUCUGCUGCUGCUGCCGCUGCCAUGGGGAAACGACAGCACCAGAAGGACAAGAUGUACAUUACCUGUGCUGAAUACACUCACUUCUAUGGUGGCAAGAAGCCAGAUAUCCCUCAAACAAAUUUUCGUCGAUUACCUUUUGACCACUGCAGUCUUUCUCUGCAGCCCUUUGUCUACCCGGUCUGCACCCCAGAAGGUGUCGUCUUUGACUUGCUGAAUAUCGUUCCAUGGCUUAAGAAGUAUGGGACUAACCCAAGCAAUGGAGAGAAACUUGAUGGUAGGUCCUUGAUAAAGCUGAACUUUGCCAAGAACAGUGAAGAAAAGUAUCACUGCCCAGUGCUGUUCACUGUGUUCACCAAUAACACCCACAUUGUGGCCAUCAGGACAACUGGCAAUGUCUAUGCCUAUGAGGCAGUGGAGCAGCUAAACAUCAAGGCAAAGAACUUUCGGGACCUGUUGACUGAUGAGCCCUUCUCUCGACAGGACAUCAUCACUCUCCAGGACCCCACCAAUUUGGACAAGUUCAAUGUCUCCAACUUCUUUCAUGUUAAGAAUAACAUGAAAAUAACAGACCCAGAUGAGGAAAAGGCCAAACAGGACCCAUCUUAUUAUUUGAAAAACACAAACACUGAGACCCGAGAAACACUGCAGGAGCUGUACAAGGAGUUCAAAGGGGAUGAAAUCUUGGCAGCCACCAUGAAGGCCCCAGAGAAGAAGAAAGUGGACCAGCUAAAUGCUGCCCACUAUUCCACGGGGAAGGUCAGCGCUUCCUUCACCUCCACUGCCAUGGUGCCGGAGACGACACAUGAAGCAGCUGCUAUUGAUGAAGAUGUGCUACGCUACCAGUUUGUGAAGAAGAAGGGCUAUGUGCGGUUGCACACCAACAAAGGUGAUCUUAAUCUGGAACUGCACUGCGACCUGACACCAAAAACCUGCGAAAACUUCAUCAAGCUCUGCAAGAAGUGCUAUUAUGAUGGCACCAUCUUUCACAGGUCCAUCAGGAACUUUGUGAUCCAAGGAGGAGACCCCACAGGCACAGGCACAGGAGGUGAGUCAUACUGGGGAAAGCCCUUCAGAGAUGAGUUCCGGCCCAAUCUCUCUCACACAGGACGAGGCAUCCUCAGCAUGGCCAACUCGGGGCCGAACACCAACAAGUCUCAGUUCUUUAUCACAUUCCGUUCCUGUGCUUACCUGGACAAGAAGCACACCAUCUUUGGAAGGGUUGUUGGGGGCUUUGACACACUGACAGCCAUGGAGAAUGUGGAAAGUGACCCCAAAACUGACCGCCCUAAGGAGGAGGUCCGCAUUGAUGCCACCACAGUGUUUGUAGACCCCUAUGAGGAGGCAGAUGCCCAGAUUGCACAGGAGCGGAAGAAGACACAGCUUGAAGUGGCCCCAGAGGCCAAGGUGAAGUCCAGCCAGCCUCUGCCUGGGAGCCAGGGCCCCCAGACAUAUCGCCAAGGGGUGGGCAAGUACAUCAAUCCAGCUGCCACGAAACGAGCAGCUGAAGAAGAACCAUCAACCAGUACAGCUGCAUCCAUAUCCAAGAAAAAGCCCAGUCGGGGUUUUGGGGACUUCAGCUCCUGGUAGCAGCAGGACAGUCCAUAUCCUCUGAUCUCCUGGUACUACUUGGGACCUUGUUAGAAACACAGAUUCUCAGACGACUCCAGACAUGAUCCUGAGCUUCUGGGAGCUGAGACUCCCUAGUCUUUUUUUUUUUUUUUUUUUUUUUUGAAGCGGGGCAGUACUGGGGAUCAAACCCAGGGCCUAAGCACUCUACCACUUAUCCCCAGCCUUUCCCUAGUUUAUUUUUAGUUGUAGUUGGAUACAAUAUCUUUAAUAAAUUUAUUUUUAUGUGAUGCUGAGGAUCAAACCCAGGGCCUUGCCCGUGCUAGGCAAGUGCUCUACCUCUGAGCCACAACCCCAGUCCCCUAGUCUGUUUCGACAAAUGCUCUGGGGCUUCUAACUCUGGAAUAGAGCCUUGACAAUACUCUGCCACUCCUUGCUUGGAACUGGGCACGCUCACCUUUGGAUGUAUUAAGCCGCCUUGUCUCUCCACCCGAGUAAAACGUCCAUGAGGCUUAUAGCCCCUGCUGUGAUGAGGAUAGGGGACAGCACUGGACCUCACUGCUGAGACCCUGCUUCUCAGUCACCAGCUCCUCUGCCAGGCCAGUUCCCUCAGCAUUCCUGACUUAAAGGUUCCUUCCAUUGACCCAUUUUUCUGUGAAAAGUGUCCAAAAAAUUUCCACCCACAUGUUCCUGAUCACUUUUUGUUCCCUCUUCAGUCUGGCAGCCUAGCUUCUAGUCUCCUUAUACCUUGGUUUCCUCUAAACACCUCUUCGGGAGCAUGGUUUCUGCCUCUGGGGAGAGUGUCAAGUCAGUAUUCGUAUUCUCUGGCACCAGACCUAUUAGAUGAUGUGUCUGUCCUUGGUCCAUCACACCUCCUCCAAUCUCAUCACAUUAAAAUUCUAAUGUAGGCUUGA